CUUAUUCGACAAUGGAAGUUCGAGAUAGCCCUGUUGUAUAUUUAGAAUAGUUCUACAUUUUUGGUGAGCCCACAAACCUGAUCAGUCGUGGGAUCGUCCAUAUUCUUAGGACUGCAAGAUUCCUUGAAAUGGGCAAAACUUGUGUGAAGCAGCUUGGGCCCUAUAUAAUGCGAGGCCCGUAGCCGACAAGAGCAGGAUUACUCAGCAAGCCUACUGCCCCUUAUUCUCUCCCUCCUCGUCUUGGUCCUCCAAUACGUCUUCGUAUAUACCUUUCCUCAGCACCAUCAUAUUCCUUAGUUGCAGACUUCCUCGCAAACACCUCGGCUUUCAGCGCUCACAUUCGAUAGCAUAAACAGCCCGCCCAAGCCAUUCUACGAAAAUGCAUCUGAACAACCUUGCCCUUACCUCACUCGUUGCCUCAGCUGCCGCUGGCCUCUACUCUGCUGUGCCGCCUGUCUAUUCAGUGGCCCAGAGCGAAUGCGCACCUGGCACCACGAUUUACGAAACGAAGACGGUGUAUGUCACUGUUGAUCGUCCUUAUGAGACGACACCGGCUGCCACUUCGACGCCGGCAUACCACACCUCGCAUGUUGAGUCCACCAUUGUCUCGAAGCCCUCGACUCCUGUCUAUCACACCAAGCCGACUCCUUCGACCCCUGUGUACCACACCAAGUCGACCCCUGUGUACCACACCAAGUCCAAGCCUGUCUAUCACACCAAGUCGACUCCGGUGUACCACACCAAGUCGAAGCCUGUCUACGAGACUGAGACUACUCCGGUGUACCACACCAAGCCGACUCCUUCGACCCCUGUGUACCACACCUCGCACGUUGAGUCCACCAUUGUCUCCAAGCCGUCGACUCCUGUCUAUCACACCAAGUCGACUCCUGUCUAUCAUACCAAUCGAAGCCUGUGUAUGAGACCAAGACCACUCCUGUGUACCAUACCAAGUCGAAGCCUGUCUAUGAGACUGAGACCACUCCUGUCUACCACACCAAGCCGACUCCUUCGACCCCUGUGUACCACACCUCGCACGUUGAAUCCACCAUUGUCUCCAAGCCGUCGACUCCUGUCUACCACACUAAGUCGACUCCUGUCUAUCACACCAAGUCGAAGCCUGUGUAUGAGACCAAGUCGACCCCUGUCUAUCAUACUAAGUCGAAGCCUGUCUACGAGACUGAGACUACUCCGGUGUACCACACCAAGCCGACUCCUUCGACCCCUGUGUACCACACCUCGCACGUUGAGUCCACCAUUGUCUCCAAGCCGUCGACCCCUGUCUACCACACUAAGUCGACUCCUGUCUACCACACCAAGUCCAAGCCGGUGUAUGAGACCAAGACUACCCCUGUGUACCAUACCAAGUCGAAGCCUGUCUACGAGACUGAGACCACUCCUGUCUACCACACCAAGCCGACUCCUUCGACCCCUGUGUACCACACCUCGCAUGCUGAGUCCACCAUUGUCUCCAAGCCGUCGACUCCUGUUUACGAGACCAAGUCGACUCCUGUCUAUCAUACCAAGUCAAAGCCUGUCUACGAGACUAAGACCACUCCGGUGUACCACACCCAAGCCGACUCCUUCGACCCCUGUGUACCACACCUCGCACGUUGAGUCCACCAUUGUCUCCAAGCCGUCGACCCCUGUCUAUGAGACCAAGUCGACUCCGGUGUACCACACCAAGUCCAAGCCUGUUUACGAGACCAAGUCGACCCCUGUCUACCACACCAAGUCGGCUCCUGUCUACGAGACCAAGACUACCCCUGCCUACCACACCAAGCCGACCCCCUCGACUCCUGUGUAUCAGUCUACCAGCACCAGCAGUUGUACUGAGGGCAAGUCGACUCAUGUCGAGUCCACCAUUGUCUCGAAGCCAUCGACCCCUGUAUACCAGACCAAGCCGGCAACCUCGACUCCGAUCUACCAGGCUAGCUCUGCGCCUGUCUACAAUACCGCGCCUGCCUAUGUUGCAUCAACCAUUGCUCCUUACUACUAAGUAACAUAUCUGGCUUUAUGAAUCUUUAAUCCAUUCCAUUUAUUUGACCAAUACUUCACAAAUGCUUUAUUGACGUUUAGUUCAUUACACCAUCAUCACUGCUUGUGUGGAUUGAAAACCCGUAUGCCAUUGUUAUUUAUCAAGCUAUUAGUGUGCGUGCUGAGCAGAA